AUGAGAAUUGGCAAGAAGAUAUAUUUACGUAUCACAAAAGCAAGCAAUUCCAAUCAACUUGGAGCAUUAGCAGGACUUGGAAUCGUUCUGUGGAAACAUAACUCCACCAUUCUACGUGUCGAUCCUGGAGUGUUACCUGAACGUGCACUUGAUCCACCAAAAAAUGUCAAACCAUUUGAUUGGAAACAAACUGUAAUAAGAACCGAUCUUGUAGAAGGUUCAUUUGUCGAGCUUUAUUUCACCGCUAAUGAACACUUUAAAGUUCGAAGUGAUGGAGUCGAGUCAUCGUUGUUUAGCGAAGUGAAUCCUCGAAAUUAUUUUGUUGGAUUUGACAUAACAGCCAAUAUUUCAGAAAUUUCGUUAUACCAAGACUAUUAUCUGGACAAUGAUCAUGAAAAGAAAUGCUUGGCGAUUGAAGCAUUGAGACAUAGCAUUAUUUCAUCAGAAAGACAGCACGAGUUGGACAAUUAUAUUCCCAUUCAAUUCCAUUCUCUGUGUAGUAAAUCUGUAUCCUUGCACGAUAAACGACGAAUAGCCAUACGUCAUGAACAUGAUCGUCAUGAACAUUCAUCAUCGCUAAUAUUUCUUGAUUGCUAUUUACAAGCAGGUGACGCAAUUUUAGUUCGUAUCGUUGCACUGGAGCCAUGCUAUGCGAGAUCGAUUCUAUUUGGUUGCAUGACAUUGAAUGAUAUAAACGAGCUGAGUGAAACAGAUCUGUUACGUGGACCCGAUGAUUUUCUGAGUUCGACUCCAUAUUAUCCAGUUUUAACCGAGAACGUCAUGCCUCUUGCAUCGCUCAAGGAUCAUUAUUUAAUUGAACUCAAUCGAGCUGGUGAUAUACAAUUCAAGAAGAAUGACAAACCUACUGAUGUUCAAAUGUCUGUUUUCCCAGACAGUGAACCCUAUCGUCCAUUUUUCUGUCUAAAUGGAUUCAUAGUUGGUAUACAAGUUCUUGGACUACGUCGAGAUGGACCGAGUGCUUCACUUGUGAAACAGGACCUUUUCGAUUUCGGCGAAGCUGACGCAGAUGGCGGUGAGAGUGCGCAUGAAUGCAUCAUUUGUCAGGAUAAAAGAGCAUCAUGCGUUUUUAUUCCGUGCGGUCAUUUGAUCGCUUGCACAGACUGUAGUGGACAACUGAAACAGUCUGGUUUAAAUACGUGCCCAACCUGUCGUACUCCCUACGAAGAUAUUUGGGAAGUAAACAGCAUUUAA